UUUCUAAUCUUUUUGUUUGUUUGUUUGUUGUUGUUUUUUUUUGUAUUUUUAAAAAAUUUGUUUUAAAAACUGAGCAAGGUUCUCUCUUGAAGAAGCCAGAGCUCCCAUUUCUCCCAUUUCUAGUUGUAACCAAUGAAUAUGUUUGAGAAGAAAUCAAUCAAUAUUUUAUUCCACAUAUUUUAAUCACAUCUUAUAAAGCAAAAUGCUUGACCAUGAGUUUGCAUUACUAAAAGCAACUCUAAACUGAAUGUGGCCAAGAUAAACCACAUUCCCGCCCAGUUCCCGCUCUCAGUUUUCAGGAUUGUUGCUUUAUGUAGUGGAAUGACGUGAUUUCGCAUGAUUCAAGGAGUCUGAUGUAGUUUCUAGCAGUGUUUGUUUUACUUUGAUAGAAUUACUGGCCGUGCCACAUUCUGUCUGUCCAUGCGAUUUUACGGUCACCAGCUCCUCAGCCAGUGUGGCAGUGAACUGCCCUUGACUCAAUGGCAGGACUUCUUUUCAUGCAAAAGAGUGGGAUUCCUGAAACAGUAAAACUUUAGCCAUGUCCUUUAAAAACCUUGCAGACAAAAGUGUGAGACAAUACAGGAUACCACCCUGCAACUCUCCAUUCUCUUUAUAAGAUGAACAGACUCCUUAUUGGCCAGUGGUGUGGGACAUGGUUGUAAGGUGUCUGCUAAGUGGUCUGUCAGUAGUAUUUUCCGUCCUAUGACCCUAAAUCUACAUGGUCCGUGUUACCUUGGACUCCCCUCAGCAUGCCCUAUUCAUGUGUGGAAUCUCAUUGUUGUUGUGGACAUCAAUUCAAGCUGGUGUUUUUAAGGCCAGAGGGAGGCUCCUACUUCAUUAGAGCUGUUUUUCGAGGGCUGGGUUUAGUGCAAGCUCAACAUCUGCAGCUGGCAACCAGUUUAGGGUGAAUAGGUGAGACGAUUCACAAAUUUGGGGGAAACAGAGAUUUGGUGUAAAGGUUUACCUGUAAAGAAGGCAAAUUGAGUAAAGUCUUUAAAAAUGGCAUCUGCUUCACUGACAACUUGGUGUCUCCUCACAAUUUGGACACUUAUCCCAGCUGUGCAUCUCGAGGAAGAGGAGCUUAAUGAAACUGUCAUAUGUACCAACGAGCAGAUACAAGUGACCAUUCCAAGUGCUUUUUUUCUCAACAAGGACCCCCCUGUUUAUAUUUGGGAUUUGCACCUAAAUGACCCAGAGUGUCGUGGCGUUGAGAUUGGAGGUGACUAUGUCUUCACGAUCAAGACUAAUCUUACAGACUGUGGUACCAUUAUGGCAUCUGAUGAGACUUACAUCAUGUUCACCAACACCAUUCACAAUAAUGAAACAGACAUUAUCACUAGAAGCUAUGUCAACAUUACAUUUGGAUGUCGCUACCCUGCAAACUACAUGGUCCAGCAGCCUAACGGAGAAAAUAUGAUCCGAGUGGACAUCAGGACGAUCACUCUGGACACAGAAGAUGGAAAUUUCUCAGUGUCCAUGCUGCUUUAUAAAGAUGAGGACUUCGAGGACAAAUGGACCACUGUUCCCUCUCUAAUGCUUGAUGACAACAUCUAUGUGAAAGUUUUCAUGAUACCUGCGAAUCUCAUGCUCCGAGUGGACAGAUGCUGGGCCACGCCGAACCAUGAUCCAUACAGCAACAUUCAGUACACUUUCAUCAAGGACAGCUGUCCAGUGCUGACCAAUGACCAGACGCUGUCUGUGAUGAAGAAUGGACGAGGCCCAGAAGCUCUAUUCAGGAUCCAAAUGUUUAAGUUUGUGGGCAGCUCCUACACAGACAUCUUCCUCCACUGUAAUGUGCAGAUCUGUCACAGCAGUGCAGGAGCAUGCCGGCCUAACUGCUCCACUGAGGAUGCAUCAGCACGCACACGCAGAGACGUUGCUCUGUCCCACACUGUGUCCUAUGGACCAAUAAAAAGACGUGAGGUUCACUCUGACAAAAGCACUCUGAAUGCAAGUGUGCCCCCAGUGGAAACCUUUGUGCUCGGAGGUCUGUUGGUGGUUCUGCUGCUCAUCACUGGUGUGUUUGGGAGGCUGUGGCUCAAAAGUAGACGGUCUUAUCCUACCCAAGAGGCCCAACUUACCCUGUCCAACAUACACCACAUCUCAGAGGUGGCCAGCUAAGCUGGGGUCCACAAGAAAUUACCUCUCUUACACACACCGACACAUAAUUAAAUAUAUAUUCUGUACAGAGAGCAUUAGAACUAUAGUAUGUUGUUUUAAUGAACUACAAACAAAUAGGUGUAGUAUAUACAGUAUAUAGGUUUCAUUGAGAAAGAUUUGUUAGAUGUGCAUUUAUUUUUAUGAUUCUUUAAUCUGUUGUUUUUAUUUGCUGUCAAAUAUGGCUAGGGAAAUGAAGAAAUUUAAAAUAAAAGAAAUUUCAUAUA